CCGCUCCCUCACCGGUCCCGGCUGUGGCGGCCCGUGAAGGUUCCAGAAGCGGCUCCGGUUCGGGCGGGCCCGGAACCGUUCGGGGCUCCCGGUUCGGGAGACCCGGAGGCUCCCGGAGGCUCCCGGAGGCUCCCGGAGGGGCUCGGGGAGCCGCCGGAGGAGCCUGGGUGUGUCCGGUGCUCCCGGUUCGGUUCCGGUGGGGCGGUACCGGCAGGGCCCGGUCGGUACCGGAGCCAUGAACGGCGGCGGGGCCGGGCCGGGCCCGGUGUGGCUGGCGGUGAGCAGCUCCCUGAACGCUUUCCGUGCCUGUAAACGCUUCUCGCCCGCGCUCACCAUCGCCGAGCUGAAGUGCAAGCUGGAGCUGGUGGUGGGCUCCCCGGCCUCGUGCAUGGAGCUGGAGCUGUUCGGCGCCGAGGACGAGCCCUUGGGGACACUGGACUGGGACACUCCCAGUGCCACUCCCAGUGUCCCCAGUGCCAUCCCCAGUGCCAUCCCCAGUGUCCCCAGUCGCAGGCUGGAGCUGUGGUGGGGUCCCGCGUAG